GGACGGAUGUCUGAUACACAUGCGUGCUUCUCUGACCGCGACCUCGUGAACAUCUGACAAAAGCAUCGCUGUGCCGCAGGGCUCUGGCGAUGCGCGGCGAAGCUCGAGGUUCCAGCGGUGGGGCCCAUCUGCAGCAGACCCGCGCCCCGGCAGCGCCUCCCCGCCCAGGCGCAACUCUAUCAGGAGAAGCACCUCCAGGUCACAUAUCUUGCGCUCUGCGGCCGGGCGAACAACCUCUGCCCCUUCGUUGACGAUCGACGUCGAGCAAGAAGGCGUCCGCGCCGUGCAGAACCACUGGCAUCAUGAAGAUCUUCUCAGAUCUCCGCAUCCGCUCGCAGGGCUGGAGGUCCUCACCUGCCUAUGUGACUUUUGUGGUGGCAUUGGGCCUGGCGCUGGACUGUCUGAACUACAACAUCGUCGUCACCGUCUUUCCGUUCCGACUGGAGGAGCUACACUACAGCCAUGUCUCGUCCCUCGUCGGAUGGCUGCUAUUCUUAUAUUCAGCGGGUCUCGUCGUCGCCACACCGGUGAUAGCGAUGGUCUCUGAGCGGCUACGGUCAAGGCGUAUGGUCCUCAUCGUUGGCCAGCUGCUCCUGGUCGCGUCGCAGAUAUUGUUGAUGGAGUCCCCUGCGUUCUGGAUGAUGUGCGUCGGUCGGUUGUUGGAGGGAUUUGCUUCCGCGGUCAUCAUCGUUGCGGGCUUUGCUCUCAUAUGUGACGCUACUCCGGAAAAGGACGUCGGUCAACAACUCGGGCUCGUCAUGGUGGGCGUCCCACUAGGACAACUGAUCGCACCACCUGUCGGCGGCGCGCUGUACGACCGCUGGGGCUACCGCGCGCCCUUCAUCUUCACCAUCAUCUUCACCCUCCUCGACCUCCCCGCGCGUCUGCUCGUGCACGAGAAGCCGCCCGCAGACUCCCUAGACACCGAGGCGGCCGCGACAGCGACACCGCAGUCUGAACCCGAUCCGGAGAAGGCGGGUGACGUGGGGUCGCCCAUCUCGCCCAUGUCGCCUGCGUCGAUGUUCUCCGAGUCCACGGAGAAGGUAUCGUCGGUGAGGAAGGUGCUCGGCGCGGAGGCGGCAGUCGCGGUCGCGAUCAGUGCGUCCGAGAUGCCCGCGGCGCCGGUACAGACGAAGGAGAGGAAGGAGCUGUCUCUCCUGCAGGUCAUGCACAAGCUGCUGACUUCGACGCGGACGCUCGUCGUGCUCUUCAGCACGUUCACCGGCUCGUUUGCGUUCGCUGCACUGGACGUGACGCUCCCUCUGCGCGUGCAGGCCCUCUGGAACCUUAACUCGACGAAGGUCGGCUUGGUGUACCUCGCCUCGCUCGUCCCCACUCUCGUUUCCUCACCCCUCGCAGGCAAGCUCAGCGACAAGUUCGGCCCUGCAUGGGUCGCCACGGUCCUUUUCGUGUGCGGCAUCCCGUGGUUCGGGCUGCUCACGCUCGAUUUCUCUCUCGCGUUCUUCAUCGUUGCGUUCGCUGUCGAGAACUUCUUCAUUGGUGCGACAUCGUCCCCGCUUACAACCGAACUCGCGGCUGUGACACGUAGCAUGGAAGGUGUAGGCUAUGCACACACGUAUGGUACCUUCAACGUUGUGUAUGGACUCGCCAAUGCAGCGGGAUCCAUCGUCGGGGGACAGGUCUACGGCCAUCUGAGCAAUGGCUGGGAUGCUCUGUGCUAUAUCGACAUCGGUGUUCUGGCUCUCACCCUCGUCCUCGUGCUGCUGUUCAUCGGCGAGACCCCGAUCCUGCGAUUGCGCCUCCACAAGUGAGACCGCUCGCCAUCCCCUCACUCUCACCUGGA